GUUUGCGGGGAUGGAUCCAUAUAUCUGCUUCUGCUGGUUUAUCAGGUGUUGGAAAUAUUUGCUUGGAGCAAAAUAGGCAGGUCUUUGGCAGUUGGUCAUCAGUACUCGACUCUGGCAACUCAGCCCAUACUGUGUGGAAGUAUCCCUGGCCUUGUACCAAAGCAGCUCAGGUUUUGCCGGAACUACAUGGAAAUUAUGCCCAGUGUGGCACAAGGAGUGAAAAUCGGGAUUCAGGAAUGCCAGCAUCAGUUUCGAGGAAGGAGAUGGAACUGCACGACUGUUGAGGAUAAUCUGGCAAUCUUUGGACCUGUGUUGGAUAAAGCGACGAGAGAAUCGGCUUUUGUUCACGCCAUCGCUUCCGCAGGGGUCGCCUUCGCCAUCACUCGCUCUUGCGCCGAGGGCACCGCAAACAUUUGCGGCUGUGAUAGCCGCCACAAGGGCAAGCCGGGGGAAGGCUGGAAGUGGGGAGGCUGCAGUGAGGAUGUCGAGUUCGGGAGCAUGGUGUCCCGGGAGUUCGCGGAUGCUCGGGAAAACAGACCGGACGCGCGAUCUGCUAUGAAUCGGCACAAUAAUGAAGCCGGACGCAUGGCUAUUCUGGACCACAUGCAUCUGAAGUGUAAGUGUCACGGACUAUCGGGUAGCUGUGAGGUGAAAACUUGCUGGUGGUCGCAGCCUGACUUCCGGGUGAUAGGAGAUUACUUAAAAGACAAAUAUGACAGUGCCUCCGAGAUGAUCGUGGAGAAACACCAGGAAUCCAGAGGUUGGGUCGAGACCCUUAGCCCCAAGUAUGCCUUAUUCAAAGCUCCAACAGAGAGAGAUUUGAUCUACUACGACUUGUCACCCAACUUCUGCAACCCCAAUCCCGAGACUGGCUCGUUUGGUACGCGGCACCGAAAGUGCAACAUCACAUCGCACGGAAUUGAUGGGUGUGAGUUGCUGUGCUGUGGCCGCGGAUUUGAUACGAGGACUGAGAAACGCAAAGAGAAGUGUCACUGCAUCUUCCACUGGUGCUGUCACGUGAGCUGCCAAGAGUGCACACGCAUCUAUGAUGUUCAUACCUGUAAAUAGGAGGAGGAAGAGGCUGUCCAAGGGAUUGCUGACAGUCCUGAACUGAAGUAUCUUGCUGCAUUGGAAGAUCGAGAUCUUAAGCCACAGCUCAGCUUCAAGUCUAAGCUUUGAUCUUAUUUUGGAGACAAUGCCUUUUAAAUACUAAUAAAUGAGUCAAAAAAACUAAUGUUGGCCGAAUCUUCACACAGUUCAAGCUUGGAACCUGACUGCAAAAAGACAGAGCCAGAUUAUAAUUUACAAGGCAUUGAAACCUCCUCAAGGGAUGACUGUCAAAACGCAAAUAAAGGUGCCUUAUAAACAAAAUGGAUUGCAAGCUCCUCCAUUCAGCAUUUAAAUCAAAGGAAUGGAAUUAGUAUUUGCUCAUAAUCUAAAAGGGAAUCCUAGAAGGAGACAGUCCUUUAUUCUAAACAUACAGCUGGUGAAGAACUAAAACACAAUGGCAAGACCCAAAUGAGCAAAUGCAAUAACCUGUGAAAAAGCAGAUGCUGGAAACCAGAAAUAAAAAAUAGAAAAUGUUGGAAACACUCAACAGACCAGGCAACAUCCAUGGAAAGAGAAACAAAGUUAUCAUUUCAAGUCAAAGACACUUGGUCUAAUGUUCAUUCUGAUGAAAUGUCUUCUUCCUAAAACAUUACGUACUUUUCUCUUUCCAUAAAUACUGCCUGACCUUUUAUUUUUUUUAAUUUAGAGAUACAGCAUGGUAACAGGCCCUUCUGGCACAUGAGCCCACACUGCUCAAUUACUGAUAUGUGACCAAUUUACCAACAAACCCAUACGUCUCUGGAAUGUGGGA